GCAACCUUUUUUUUUUUUUGGCUUCAUAUAUUAAGACAGUGAGUCCUCUGAUUGAAAUGCUCAAUCGAAUUGCUUCUGUCCGUCGAACUUUCUCUACAAUGACAAGUCAACGCUGGUCACGCCUUAUACGCUUCGAAGAUGAACAUGGCAAGACUCACUAUGGCCAACCCAUAUUGGAAAACGAGGAGCUCAAGCAGUCUGAUCUUAAGAAAGGCUUAAAGGCUCACCUUGUAGAAGGAGAUGUAUUUGGAGAGCACACAGUUACAGACAAGUCAAGAACGGUGAAAAAGUUGCUUGCGCCAGUUACCCCCAGCAUUAUUAGGUGUAUCGGUCUCAACUAUCGCCGCCAUGCUCAAGAAACUGGUUCCAAAAUACCAGUGAAACCAAUUCUAUUCAUGAAGCCUCCCUCUAGCGCAUGCGGGCCAUACGAUACUAUCCGGGUACCACAUGUGGCUCAAGACGAUAUGGUUGAUUACGAAGCUGAGCUUGCCGUCGUUAUUGGUAAAAAAUGCAGAGACAUUAGCAAAGAGCAGGCCCUUAACUAUGUUGCAGGAUACACCAUUUGCAAUGACGUGAGCUCUCGCAACUGGCAAAUGGGCCCAAAAAGUGGCGGCCAAUGGAAUUUUAGUAAAGGCUUCGACACCUUCGCACCUCUCGGCCCUAUGAUCGUUUCCAGCUCUGUGAUUACAGAUCCACAAACUCUCAAGCUUGGUACAAGAUUGGACGGCCAAUUGUUACAAGACUACACAACCUCAGACAUGAUAUUCGACGUAUCAACGAUUGUCAGCUUUUUGAGUCAAGGCACCACUCUCAUGCCUGGGGAUGUCAUAAUUACAGGAACCCCACAUGGUGUUGGCUAUACCCGUUCACCACCAGUGCUUCUCAAGCAUGGUACCAAAUGUGAAAUUUACAUAGAGCGAAUCGGUAAUAUUGUAAACCCCGUUGAGUAUGAAAGAGGUCAAUCCAAAUUGUAAGGUCAAACAUCAGAGAAAUAAAAAAAAAAAAUUUUUUUGCGACUCCACAACA